AUGGCAACAUUCAGUGUGGCGGAUCAUCAUGAGAUCGUGGAAAGAACUUCCCGGGAUGUUUCCGAUCGCGUUCUUUCCAUGAACGUCUGUCCGCCGAGUAGCUUCCCGGAUAAAUUUCAAGAUUUUUUCGCGGCGCUUACCGAGGACGGCGACGAUCUACCCAGCAUGCUUGAAGACAAGCUGAUACCAAGAAAGCCAGACAACAUGAGCCUCGAAGGAAAAAGUCGGCGCUGGAGCAAAAGGGCUUUCCAGAGGCGAAGCAGCGAAGUCGAGGUCCGUGUUCAACACACCUCGCUGUCCGGAUCUCAGGGUCACAGCUGCGUGGAUGGACCAAAGUCACCGACUACCUCGAGACGUAGAAGUUCCAGCAUUGCAGUUGCCAGACCUACGCCGGAUUUGCACAGAUUUCUGCAAGCGGAGGCUGGUCCUUGGGGUCACCUGUCGCCCUCGCCUAGAAGCCCGACCAGAACACCCUCGCUGAGUCCUGGCGCCGCGUCAUCGUCAUUGCAUCUAAGUGCAAACGCGAGUCCAAGCGGCCCCAGUCCGACGAGUCCUUCCGGUUCGACUGGCUUGGCAUCCGGGAUUCGUGGAGGUGCCGGUCCCAAACAGUAUCGCAGCAGAACAAGCAGUAUGCCGGCGGUCCCACGUCACAGGCCGAUGCUGGUCGAUACAAGACGUGGGGGUGGCGUAACGGGAUACGAAGAAGGCGAGACCGAGGACGGCAUUGAGUAUUAUAGACUUCGGUCUUUCUCCAUAACAGCAAAUGGGGUGUACAAUCUGGGCGAUUCGUUGAAGACACGCCGUAGCAGGAGCAUCAACAGCGUUACCUCGUCUACCAGCUGUAGCAGCACCCGGGAGAGCAGAUUACUCAGCUCGACUUCGCAGCUCUCCGGUAUAGAGGCGGAAGAGGAAGCCAGCGGCGAACGAGUGACGACAUAUAAAGUGGGCAUGUUGGGGGCGUCAGAAGUCGGGAAAACCGCUCUAACUGCACAAUUUACCACGAGCGACUACAUUUGCGCUUACGACGCCUCUCUCGACGACGAGUACGGACAGAAGAACGUAUCCGUGAUGCUCGACGGCCAGGAGACGGAAUUAGAAAUCAUUGAUCACCCCGCUGCGGAGAUGUCAGUCGAGACAUUUUGUUCAACUUACAAUCCGGAUGUGUACGUGGUGGUGUACUCGGUGGUGGACAGAAGAAGCUUAAAAGUGGCUGAGGAGACGCUGCUCUAUUUGUGGAAAAGUGAUUACAUGGUGAAUCAUGGUGUCAUCCUGGUCGGUAAUAAAGUGGAUCUCGAGAGGAAGCGGGAAGUCCCGUCAAUGGUUGGCCGUCGUUUAGCGAACAGUUGCGGUUGCAAAUUUAUCGAGACGUCGUCGGGUCUGGCUCAUCAUGUAGACGAGCUCUUGGUCGGGAUUCUGGCACAGAUCAAGCUGAAUCCGCAGCGUAGCCGGGAUCAGGCUACCAGGCGCCGUCGUAGCAAACACCGCAGGCGGAUUCUGAAGCACCUGCUCGGCUUCAAGAGGAAAACCAAGAGCUGCGAGAACCUCUUCGUUCUCUAA